CGCCGACACCGGGCCGCGCGCGGCGGAGCGCGCUCCCCCGCCGGGCCCGGCCGCGGCCGCCGCCGCCGCCGCUUCCCCGCAUGGAGCCCCCGCGGCCGCCCACGGCGCUGCUGCCCGCCGCCCGCCGCCGCCGCCGCGAUCCUCCGCCGCCUCCUCCUUCCCAACCCGGCGGCGGCGGCGGCGGCGCCGCCCCGAAGGCUCCUCUCCCCUGCGGCGGCCGGGGGCUGCCGGCGGGAGCUGAGGGCUGGCUGCCACACCUGGGGGAGCUGCUGCCACGCCGGGAACCGGCCAGCCGGGAAGCGAUGCUGCGGGUGCUGGACGCCGGGCUGGAGCGAUACCUGGCGCUGCAUUCGGCGUACAUCCCCGUGCCCCGGCACAGGAAGCUCUCGGGCAAGGCAGGCAUUGACGAAGUGAUGGCGGCCACGGUGCUCACCAGCCUCUCCACCAGCCCACUGGUGCUUGGUCACCCGCCAGCCACCCCUGCCCCAGAGCCCGGCAGUGAGGUCUGGAAGGAGGCACCCACCAUGUCCUCCAGCUGCAGCAGCAGCAGCAACACCAGCGGGGACUGGAGCUGGGACCCUCCCAGCGACCGCUCCACCCCCUCCACCCCAUCGCCCCCGCUCUCCAGCCACGUCCCCAGCACCUUCCUGCCUGCCCCGCUGCCGGACGAGGGCCCCGACGAGCCUGACAGCACCCACUUCGUCUUCGGAGAGCCCAUCCCACGGAAGAGGAAGAACUCCACCAAGGUGAUGUUCAAGUGCUUGUGGAAGAGCUGUGGCAAAGUCCUCAGCAGCUCCUCAGGGAUGCAGAAGCACAUCCGAACCAUGCACCUUGGCCGGAAAGCCGACCUCGAGCAGAGCGACGGCGAGGAGGACUUCUACUACACGGAGCUGGACGUGGAUGUGGACUCGCUGACAGACGGGCUCUCCAGCCUGACACCCGUCUCGCCCACCUCCUCGGUGCCGCCCACCUUCCCUGGCCCUGAGGUGCAGGGUCCGGUGCCACCGGCGCUGCCGACCCCUGACCCGGCACUGGCCUCCCCUCGCAGCCCCCUGGCCCCCGCUGGCCUCUGCCACAUCCACACCGACCACGCGUACCAGGGCUGCCCGGCCCCUCUGCGGCCACCGGUGCCCCCCACCACGCCCACCCCGCCACCGCCCAAGCCACCCGCUGUCCCCAGGAGGCCGCGGGGGGAGGCCAAGAAGUGCCGCAAGGUGUAUGGCAUGGAGAACCGGGAGAUGUGGUGCACGGCGUGCCGCUGGAAGAAGGCCUGCCAGCGCUUCCUCGACUGACGCUGGUGCCGCCAGCGCUGCCGGUGCUGCCAUGGCGGCGCUCCCUCCUUCUUGCACAUUUUGCACUUGAGGUGCCUUUGUGCCCCCCCCCGCCACCCCGGGGCCCCCCCGGACUCAGGGAACGGCCCCCCCCAAAAGCUUUAUGCACACAGCCUCCUGCCCCCGCCACGGAGCUCUUCCCCCUCCUAUUUUUCCUUUGAAAAUAAGCUAAAUCUGCAUCCCCCCCUUGCUGGCACCAUGGCAGGGGCUGGUGGGGGGCGGCCGGCUGCUCCCAGCCCCCCUCCCUGUGCCAGGUUAGGGUCCCCCCCCAGGGCUGGGGGCUGCCCAUCGCUCAAAUAAGCUGUGCCUGCAGCCAGCGGGGGCUCAGAAAAGGGGGUGUCCGUUCCUGUCCCCCCCCCCCAUCAGCUCCCAAGGGGGCCCCCAGUGCCCAGGGCAGAGGUGGGCGCCUGCCCUUCCCCCCCUUGCCCCCCCCAAAGGGGUUUUUUACUCUUUGUAUCAUCGUUUCUCUCUAUUUUUCCUAUCGGGGAGCCGCUGCUCCUGCCGGGGCAAUGCUCUGGGAAGUGCCUGCAGGAAUGCGCCCAUUUGCACUAAGCCAAACUGCACAAAGAGACUUCUUUUUUUUCUUUUCUUUUUUUUUUUCUUCGUGUGUUUUUAUUUUUUAAAUAAAAUAUAUGAAAAUUCAUAUUUUUAAAUACUCCCUCCCUGGGCAUGAGAGUGCACUGCAGCAGUGUAAUGCCUCCAGCCCUUGGGGGGUUUAAGGGGCUUUAUUCUCUUCAAACCCCUUCCCCCCCCAACCCCCUUUUUUCACCCCAAACCCUUUCUCCCCUCUCAUCCCGUCACCCACCUGCCCGGGCAGUGGCUCAGGAUGGGGUUUGGCCAGGCCACGCCUCCCUGUGGGUGGAUGGGGACAGUGGGGUGGCCUUGCCCCCCUGCCCAGCCUCGCACCCGGGGCCACGCCGGGGCAGGUACCCCCGCUUGCAGGAGGGGUCCCUUCGCAUCAGGGACGCCCGCCCUGUGCAGGGUCCCCCCCCCCUUGCAGGGGGGUCAGACCGCUUCGGCCCCAUGGGUUGGGACGGUUCUGCGCCAGGCUGGGCCCCCGCUUGUCCCCAACGCGGCGCCAACGGGGAGUAGAUGUGAGAUCCAGAAGAAAAAAAAAAUAAAUAUUUGGAUUCUUUUUUUUUUUUUAAA